UCAUGCUGCUGCCAGGGCCAGAGUCUCUCAUGGGUCCCUGUACGGCCUCCCAUUGCUGCUGUCUCCAUCGCCACACUCUGCCAUGUGCCACUUUCAGGUCUCCUCACACUGCUGGUGUGUUCCAUUUUUUGUCAUAGGGUGCUGGCAGAUUACGGGCCUCCCAUAGCUGCUGCCAGGCCCCUAAUCUGCCAUGGGCCCCCCUGUAAUUGUUACGCCUCCUCAUGCUGCUGCCAGGUCCAGAGUCUCUCAUGGGUCCCUGUACGGCCUCCCAUUGCUGCUGUAACUCCAUCGCCACACUCUGCCAUGUGCCACUUUCAGGUCUCCUCACACACUGCUGGUGUGUUCCAUUUUUUG